AUGAGCUUUGAACGCCUGCAAUCCGAAACUGGGCCGGCAGCGCAGAAAAGAGGAGCGGAUAUUGUGUCUGAGCCCAUGCCAUCGGAACAGCAGGAAGAGGCUGCGGAGAACCAACCAAACAGCGAAGCGGAUGAUCUUCUAUGGCAAGAAAUACUGCGAGAAUCACCAGUAGAGUGGUCCGAGAGUCUUCCAGGCAUGGAGGAAAUGCUCAUGACGAUCGAUCCACCUAUGGAACUCUCAGGCAACGAAUACUCUAACAAAUUGACCAGAAAAGACAUCACAAGGAUAAACCAACUGGCACAGAUGUCGCCCGAGGAAUUGAUCGAGAAGAUUAAAACGAUGGAGAGGGAAAUCUACCAGCUGAGCAAGUCCGAGGCCAGCGAGAUGACUAGGGCGAGGCUGUAUAUUCUGCCUGCAGUUCUAUUGGCCCUACACCUCGUAAGUCUGUCCACGGCACAGUACUUCAGUCAUAGGCCACAGCCCAACCAGCUAGCGUUCGCGGACAACCCACAGUACAAGGAGCUGCAGAGGGUGUACGAGUGGAAGAAUAUCCAGUAUGGUUUCCCCACUGAACGGGAACGUGAACAGGUGCUACGAAAUGGUCGUUACAAUCCCGACAGUCCCAUACCCAUCGACAUAGAUGUGUACUACCCUCCUCAGGGUGGGCCAGUGCGCCACUUCAUCACGACGCCACGUUUCGGCCAGGGUGUACCAUACUCCCUGGGCUAUGUCACUCAGGUGCAGCGGGAGAACGGCAGCGAGAUCCAGGCGUAUCCCAGCUACGACUGGCACAAGACCCAUGGCGGCGACUGCGAUGGACUGACCUCCGUGUACCGGGUGCACAUCGAUGCCUGCGGCCAGAUGUGGAUAUUGGAUAGCGGCGAGAUCGAGUUCGUCCAGCACUGUGCGCCCCAAGUUGUGGUCAUCGAUUUGGCCAGCAACCAGCUGAUACACCGCUACCGUCUGCCGGCGGCCACUUUUAAGGCAACGGUCAGCCGAUUCGUAACCAUCUUGGCUGACAUUCAGGAUCCUCCUCCGCGGGGAGCGUGCAGGGAGGCCUUUGUGUACUUGGCCGAUCCCACGAGCAAGGCCAUUGUCGUGUACGAUGUCAGGGGCAACAAAUCCUGGCGCGUGGAGAACAAGUUCACCUAUCCCGACGCAAGGUUUGGCACCCUCACUGUGGCCGGCGAGAGCUUCGAGCUGUUGGACGGACCCUUGGCCAUGGUCGUGACUCCCAACGGGCUGGGCCUGCGUCGUCAUCUCAUCUUUCAUGCCCUGUGCAAUGAACUGGAGCUGGCCAUACCCUUGGAUGUGCUGCAGAAUUCCACACGAUGGCAGCAGGGCCUCAGCUCAUCGCUGGAGGAGUUCGUGACCCUGGGCAGAAGAGGUGUGCAGUGCGCUGCACAUGCCGUUAGCAGGAGCGGCUUCUUGUUCUGCGGCUUCCUCGAACCCAUCGGCAUUAUCGGCUGGAACAUAAAGACACCCUAUGCCAGGCCCAAUCUCAAGCUGCUCGCCCUCAAUCCCGAGACCUUGCAAUUUGUGAGUGGCAUGAAGAUUGUGACACGGCCCAGCGAUGGGCGGGAGGAGCUGUGGAUUUUCUCGAACCGUCUCCAGAAGGUAUUUGCCGGAACCAUCAACUACAAAGAGAUCAAUUAUCGGGUGCAGCGCUGCGACGUGGAUGACAUGCUGCAGGGACGGGGCUGUGGGACGGGCUCUUAGGCAAUGUAAACAAUCUGUAAGCCUCCAUAAAAGAUGUCUAUAAAUCUCGAAAAU